AAGGUUGUUGAAACGAGCCAGUAGAGUUCGUUAAAAACCUCAAGCGCUUUAAAUGCCAUGUCUGUCCUUAUGUCUGAAUCAUUGGAUUAGGGGUUAAGUAAUCGCGCUUGUAGUGUGAUAAUUUUUGCUAAAAACUCCGUCAAAAUGUCGAAAAAAGAGAGAAUACUUGAUCUGAAAACAAAGUGUCGGCUUUGCCUCGCAGACGAAGGUUAUAUGAGCUACCUCUUCGAUGAUGUACUUCAGCAGAAAUUGGAUAAUAUAACGAAAUGUACUUCUGUUGUGAUAUCAGAGGACAAAGAUCUUCCCAACAAAAUAUGCCACGUCUGUAUGUACAAGUUGGAUAUGUGGAGUGAAUUCAAGGAUCAAUUUCUUAAAUCGAAUGAAAUUCUCCUCAGUCAUUUAGAACGUGGAGAGGAAGAUGACCGCAAAGAGAAAGUCAAGCUGGAGAGUCAUGAGCCUGAACCAAUCACACCUGCUAGCAUGGACUGUACUACAGAGACACCAGCCACUCCUGAGAACAAACAAUUACCCCAACUAGCACAAGAAAUAUCGGCAAUAAAUACACAGGUGAAAAUUGAGGAAAAGGAAAUCAGUGAGGCAGAAUCUGAACCUGUAGUUUUACAACGAAUUAAGCCUACCCUGUUACCCACAAGAGUUAGACAUUUGAGCUUGAGGCGUGGUAAGACCAUAGCAAAAAGGAGAGCAUCGACUAAACGUUGGGUGGCAAGGAAAAAAGCUCUGUUAGCUGCUACUGGUAAAUAUGCUUCAGAUACUGAUUCUAUAAUUUCAGACAAUGAGUCAAAAUUAUCACCAGUUCAGAAAGCCCGAGCAAAAACGAAUGCGGAUAAAGAAGUGGAGAAGCAAAAGAGAAUUGUAAAAGCACAAAAAAAUUUCGAAAAAGAUAUGCAAGUAGGUCAGGAAACUAAGUGUGACAGCAACACUAUCAUUACCUCUGCUACAGAUGUAACAUUACAAGAACGACAAACCGGAACUCAAGAAAACAUUACUCAUGAUAACAUACGGCCCAACCAAACCACUCCCUCUUUAGAAAAUGCUAACAACAUGGAGAAAGACAUUAAAUUAAAGAAACCACUAGAUGAAAAACAGAACAGCUGUACUUCUGAAAAUCCUACCUUGAAAAAUCACCCUAUAGAUUCAAAAUUUUUAUCUAGUAAUUCGGACUUGUUAGCACAAAACGACGAGGAUAAUGGUCCCGCAGGGCUCGAAUGUCUCUUCAACUCUGAACCGGUGAAGUCAGAAGUAGAUGUUGGUGAUGCAAUUUUCAUAAUAACUUCGACAUUAGUACUAGCAGAACCCCAUUAUCUAAACAAGACUGAUUUGGGUAAUUGUUCCAAAGAUGGAAAUGAUCUAAACGAUGAUAAAAAUAGUCAGGAGCUUAACACAGAUAUUAUUGAUGCGGUACAACUACGCAGAAUAAAUCCAAAGUCAUUGAAUGAAACUGAUAAUAAGAGAAACGUCGAGAGAUGUUUAAACAUUGAGGUUGAAGGAACUGAAUUAGAAGCUCUACAGAAAGUUCAAGCAGAAUUGACAAUUUUUGUCGAAAAUGAGAUGAAAAUCAAACUGUCUAACAAAGUAUCUCAAAAUACUGAAAAACCACAAGAUAACCCUACAGAUUCUUUCCAAACUCUAGAUCAACAACUUAAAGCAAUAGUAGAGAAGGCGAUUAGAAGAAAUAUUGAACCUUCAUCCAUGCUAGAAAGGACUAAUCAUGUAGCUAUACCCCAUGGAUAUCGUAAUCUGAAGGCUUCAACAUUUUCACCAGCGUUUGUCAAAGCAGCCAUGAGAUCCAAAAUAUUUCAACCAAAAGUUCUAUUGAUGAGAUUAGACCUAACUAAGAUGGAAAAACCAUAUAGGAUAAAUAACAUUGAUCUUCCAGAGUUUCAACAGUCUAACGAUGAUGAUAUGGACGACCCAAACAGUAUUUCUAACAAAAAAGACACUAAUCCACCAUCAAAAUAUCAUAGGUACAACCUCAUGUCUUUGGAUUCAGAGAAUACUAACUCUUCAGAUGAUCAAAUGGUAACCCCCAUCCCAAAAGUCUAUAGUAGUAAUGUAAAAUUGACAUCUGAUAUCUCAAAAAUAAAUGAGCUAUUGGCGAAUAAAUCAUCCGGUUCUAGAGGACGCAACAAAUUCUCGCUGUCGGAUCAAGUACUUUACGCCAUACAGCAGGAACUUGUUAAAGAUUUGACUGUCAGACAAGCUGAAAAACCAACGUGUGAGACUGUAGAAUGUGAUACAACAACUAAAACAUUACCAGCACAACCCAUAAGCGACGAACCCCUAGUAAAAAAAGUUAAAUUUUCUGACGGCUUUGAGAAUAGAGAAAUUGAGUCAACUGAAUUGAAUCCUAAUGAGUAUAGUUGUGAUGUUUGCAAUCGAACUUUUAAGACCCUCGAAGAAGAGGAAGAACAUGUAAAAUCUCAUUAUCAGACUCCAUCCUCAGAGGCAACUACAAAACACAAAAAGCCACGUAUGAUGCGGUGUAAAAGGUGUCAUGAAAUCGUAGAUGCAAGAUUAGUUAGAGUCCAUAUCUGUAGGUCAUCUAAGUCUCAUAGAUGUUACGUUUGUAAUUCUACUUUCAGGUCAGAAAAAAUGUUAAUUUGUCACCUAGAAACCCAUGAUGAAUCCGAAUUUAAUAUUGAAAAAAUAGAACGUGGGGAAACUGCUAAGCAGUCGAGAAAUGUGAUAAGCACUCAAAAAAUAUCUCAGCAUGUAUCGGAAUCAAAUAUGUCCAACAAUCAAUCUAGUGAUAGAGAAGUGGACAUAGCUAGGGAAACAUACACUUGUUUUAUUUGUAACAAAAAAUUCACGAAUGACGUGAUACUCAAAAAACAUCUCCAACAACAUUGCAAUGACAUAAGUGACGAUGAAGCUAGCACAGGGAAAGAACAAUAUCAAUGUGCAAUUUGUGGAGAUACGCUAGAAACAGAAGAGGCAUUGGAAAAUCACCUCGAAAAACAUCUCUGUGAUGACGAGGACGACAACCCAAACCUUAUAAAUAUAUCAAAUGAUAGCGAUCAUAACAAAGAAAUAUUCAAGUGUUCGCAAUGUACAAAGAAAUUUAAUUCGGAUGUUUUACUUGCCAUGCACAUGCAGGCUCAUGAAGAAGAAGCCGCGAUAGCGGAAUGGCAAAAGGAAUCUACUGAGAAUACCAGGCUUGAAGAAGAAUAUUUCUGUUCUAUAUGUGUUGAAACAUUCGAAUCAGAGGUAGCUCUAUUAGAACAUUUUGAGUUACAUAAUGAAAAUGCCCAAGUUUGCUUUUUAUGCGACAAGCCUUUUCGAACCCUUCAAGAUCUUCAAGCCCACGUUGCCACUCAUUAAAAAAAAAAAACAAAUCACCGAAUUUCUCUUCAAUAAUUUGAUUCCAAUAUACAAAAUUCCAAAUGAUUCGUAUGAUGUCACCUAUAAUUCCCCCGCCCUUACAUUAUAAUAGUUUUAAGUGUUUUCACAUAUAUUAUAAUUUCAAUCUUACUGUUGUAUUUAUGAAUAUAUUUACCCACAUACGGAAAAAAUGGAGGAAUUUCAGUUCUAUACCGUUGUAAGAUUUCCUCAACUGCAGACUAACCGAAUCUUCUCACACCGAUAAAUUCGUGCCACUGUAAUUCAAAUGAAUGCAAAAACGAAUAGGUACAAUAAAAGAAUGCAAAAUCGA